AUGGCGUUAACAUAUAACAAGACCUUUUCUCUCACCCUUGUGCCGGAUGGCGGCACUGUGAAAACCGAUAUCAAUACAUCACUCGGUGAUAUUGUGGGCUCUACGUUCACAGUCGACUUUCAGACUUUGUACGAGGUGCAUGGCGGCUAUGACCCAGGAGAUAAAGAUAACGCAAGUCUUCUCGUGAUCAAAAUUAUUCCCAUGCCCCGGGAUGUCAAUAAGCAGUUCUCCAACUUCACUGUCAGCCUUUCUGUCGAGGCCUUCGCUGGUGAAGAAGAUAGUAAAGUGCAUGUGGUGUCCUUCGAGCCGGCCUCUUUGGGGUCAGAAUACGUUGGUGUCUAUACAAAAGAUCACGAGCGCCAGCGUGUGGCUCAGCUUAGCGGCCAGGUGCCCAUAAUGGCGACAGCCGCCGCCGGUAUUCAGUUAUCGUCCACGGAUACAACCAAAUAUUCCACGACACACCAACUCUCUGUCACAGGCACCGCGGACCGAUCAGAUUGCUACCCAUACAUUGACGUGAAAAACCGUGUCUCCUGGCAAGUUCGAGCGGCAAGCCAGGAGCAGGGCAUCGGAGACUCCUUGACCGUCGCAAUUCUGGUCAAGCGGCCUUGCAAUGCAAAAUUCCAGCUCGUUGGCCAGGUGGAAGGGAGGGUAGGGGGCGUCUCUGCAGCCACAAGGAGGUUUCUCGGCAAGCUAGCCCCCUAUCGCCGGGAUCCGAAGAUAUUGGCCAUCUUUCCGCUCGACCGGCGGAACACACCAAUGCCCCCCGAUGUUUUGGCCGACAACCUGCAUCGAGCAUCGACGGGAAAUGCCUUGCGUCGCCUGACCGAGGUUGGUGUGCAUCUUGCCGAGAAGACCGAGCCUGUGAAGUUGCUCCGAGAAUUGCCGGCCUCGUCCACACAUCUGCCUAGUGCAGAAAGCGAAGAAACGUCGGUUAACAGCACCAUUCCAGAAAAGGAAGAAGAGCGGACACACAGUGCAGAUUCUUCCGUUGUCCCCUCCAAAGAAACCAUUUUGACGGCUGCAACACACGUCUCCACAACUACCACUGACACGGCUGAGGCUCCCGCACUUUCUUUGGCCAAGAUAGCAGCAAAGUAUAAUGAUAUAUCUGGAAACACGACCCUAACGGUUCUGUAUGAAACGCCGACCUGGCCGACGCAAGACAUGUCGUGGGAGGCGCUGGCCAACCGGCUCAUGCUCGUCCCUGGGAGAGACGAGUUCUUUACUCUGUCGUGGCUGCAUACAACGGCAGAAAUGAUCGAAGUCGUUUGUACAAAGUUCGCCAGCAGCGAGAAACUGUAUAGAACCAUCUGUGUCCCCAGCUCAAUUGAGACCAGCCCAGAUGCGACGGCCAAGGAAAGAGAGAAGAAGGAAGAAAACAAAACCCUAGGAAGUUGUAUCAGACCGUUGCUGCGCUCAAUGUCCUUUCGCCCAGACGUGGACACCCAGGAUGAAAACAAUGAAAACGUCGACAUGAUCUCCCGUGAAGAAGAGCUCUUACUAAAGCGCAUCUUCCGGGUGAUGAUUGCACCAUCCAAUCCUGGCACGCGACUGAUCAAAUGUCUCCAAACAUUGAUGCCCGCCCAUAUGCAUCAGCAUGAGACACCCUCUCCACGUUUCGGCAGCAGCGCGGAUGAGAAGGUGUGCAGCAUUCUCGAUGAUAAUCCCCACUUUCGGAAUUGGCAGGAACGCAAUCACGGAUCACUCAAGAUCGUCAUGCUCGAAGAAGACGACUCAUCUUUGGUGUUUGCGAAACUGCAUGAGACACAGAAUACAGUGGGCUGUGAAAGAAAAAGCCUGGCUAUUCUUGACUACGUCUUUGACAAUCAAAGGUGCAAACAAAGCAGCGGCUCCGAUAUGCUGGCAUCGCUCUGCUAUCAAAUACUUUGCCUCAAGCCGAGGCUUUUUGAACACGUCGAUUCAUUGGUGGAACAUAUCUUCAACCAGGGAAUGAGCCGAGAAAACCGCCACUUCAUCCUACUCCAGUCCCUCUUGAGCUGCCCGGAACAUGGGAAUACGGUUUGCAUUAUCAGAGCACUGCCCGACACGACAAUUCCGUCAGAGGCGCUAGCUCGGCUUUUCACACUGGCCUCUCAGGAAGACCGUACACUCAAAUUGGUCACCGUCAGUAAUGCCGGUACUUUUGGUCUUCCCGAAUGUCCAACGGUCUACUUGCAGCAGGAGACAAUUGAUUUUGGCACCAUUGCGGACGAGGAGCUGGGUGCUUUGAUGAGGAAGCAAUUCGCCUUUCGAGACAAUCCCAGCAUGAUUUUGCGAGACGGGCUAAUAAGACACUACGAGAAAGAGCCCAUACUAUUUUCCGGGACCCCGGAAGGGACUGGGGAAGUCAUACGUGCUUGGGUUGAACUGGCAAUACGUAUCGCGAGGCCUAUCUCGGCGGCCUCUUUGAAGAAAUCGAUGCCGUUGAUUCCCAAUAAAAAAGAAGAGAUUUAUAGAGACAUAUUGGGACAGACGCCAUCAGCUGACCGAGAUUUGCUGCGACAAGUGUUGCCAUGGAUGGCAUUGGCUCAGGCUCCUCUUGGCAUAGCUGAAAUUUCUGCAGCUCUGGCUAUAGAAAAUGGAGCUUCGUCGAUGAACGAAAUGCGCGAGAAUAUGCCUAUCAAUCUGCUCGGAGACAUUGAGAGCUCCCUAGGCUGUAUCGUCCGCACAACAAAGUUGAAAGUUCCGACAUUACCCAGAGCAUUCAGAGACUUUUUGACAACAAAACAAGGCCACGGCAGCGACAAGGAGGAAGGUGGCACGUUGUCGGCAAGCAUUUGUGCAGGCGGAGAUAUGCAACUAGCACAGACGUGUCUGGAAUUUCUGAGUCUUCACAGAGAUCAAGACCCUUCAAGUCUUGCAAACGCUGCGGAUCAGCACCCUCUGCUCAAAUAUGCGACACAGCACUGGCCGGAGCACUACGCCAACGGCAGAAUGGCUUUAAUCAAAGAGCAGGAGACAUAUGAUAUGCCACCCGGAAUCGCUCGUCUAUUCCACAAUGGAGAGCUGAUCACAUUCUGGGCACGGUUGUAUAGCUACCUCGAAAACUCCGGGGUCGAAUGUGGUCCGAUAAGUGCUCUUGGCAUUGCGUCAGAAGUCGGAUGCAUAGACCUCGUCGACAUUCUUCUCCGAGAGGAGCUCACCACAGAGGAUAUUUCAAGCAGCCUCUUCGCCGCCAUACGCAGAGGUGACGUGGAAUUGCUGGAUCGCAUUAUGGAGGCAACAGAUGAUACUUCAGCAUGCCUUCAUGGGGUAGCCGUUUAUGGAAAAGAACAGCUGUUGCAUCGAUUCAAGGCUUCGGCUGUGGAGAAAGAUCACCUCAAUGCAAAAGACCGCCACGGCUUCUCGCCGCUGCACCACGCUUGCAUGGGAGGCAUGCUCGAGAUUGUCAAAGAACUGCUCGACAGAGGCGCGGAGACGAACACCCCCGGAGGUCCUCGAGACGUAACACCACUGCACUGUGCCUGUUUUUGUGGCCACGAUGCUGUGAUCGGAUGUCUAGGACGGUGGCCCGGCGUGGACGUGAAUGCGACAGACACGUGGGGGCAGACACCUUUGCACCACGCCUGCAAAGGACAACAGCCGGAUGCGGUACGGGCUCUGCUCAGAUUCCCGGCAGUAGAUAUCAGCGCAGUCAGUGAAGAGAAAAAGGAAACCGCGUUGCUUCUUGCUGCCACUGCGGGAAGAACUGACAUCAUUGACCUUCUUCUACCAGCGUAUGGAGAAAUCAAUAUGGCGAAGGAACUAUCCGCCCAGGACGGUUUGGGCUGCACAGCUCUACAUUGUGCUGCUAAGGGAGGUCAUCUUGGAGCGGUCAAGAAAUUACUGCGUUGCAAUGUAUCGCAGGACAGAAUUGUCAGUGUGGGAGACAAUGCGGGUAACUGGCCCAUCCACCUAGCAUCGAAAUUUGGCCAUACCGAAGUGGUGCAAGUUCUUCUCGAAGAGGCCGACAACUCCAAGCAAAUCGAGAGUCUUGAGGAUGAUGACAUGACGCCGCUUCACAAGGCCGUCCUCUCAAAUCACAAGGACGUGGUUGCGCUUUUACUGGAGCAUCAUGAGAAGAAAAAAGUGCCCUUGGACGUUUCCGAUUGGUACUCCAGAUGCAGUCUGCAUUACGCUGCCUCACUCGGCUACGACGAUAUCACCCGACUUCUGGUCAAAGGAGGGGCGACACUGGAUGUUGUGGAUGAGGACGGUGAAACGCCUCUUCUGAAGGCGUGCAAAUCUGGACACGACGCCGUUGUGGACUAUCUAGUUGCCGAAGGAGCCGAUGUAACACUUGAGAGCCAACACGGCCUCACGCCUUUGCUCGCAGCCGCGAUGGGCGGCAGCAAAACAAUCAUGGGUCGCAUCGCGUCUUGCAGGAACGUGUCGCUGACUACAAAGGACGCACGGGGCCGCAAUGCACUGCACCAUGCCGCUUCAAGUGGCAAUGAGGCUUCUGUAUCUUAUGCCUUGACACUCAAGAUCGACCCUGCCGAGAAGGAUGCAGGUGGUAGGACGGCCUUGUCAAUCGCAGCAGGUAGCGGCCAUCUCGAAGUUGUCAGACGGGUCGUCCAGAGUACUCCGACUGGCAUGGAAGGUGCAGAUAACGGCGGGAACACGCCCCUUUUCUAUGCUUCAAGCAACGGGCAUCUAGGCGUUGUUGCGUUCUUGUUAGACAACACACGCGAUUUGGAUCUUAUGAACAAAGAAAACAAAGGACCUUUGCACGCUGCAGUUCUAGCAAACCAUGAAGAAAUCGUCAAGUAUCUGUUACAGGCCGGAGCUUGCCCAAACACGAAAGUAACCGGUACACUGUCGACACCUCUUCACUUUGCUGUGGUCCACGCAGGACCAGCUAUCGUCGAGUGUUUGGCCAGAGCAGAUGGAGUGGAAGGAGAGGUUCUGGACAGCGAAGGAGUGACGCCAAUUUUUAAGGCUGCCCUGUAUGGGAAAUCUGACGCGGUCAGCAAACUCAUCGAUGCCAACUGGCACGGCAACUUUAAACAAGGAAAAUGGAUGUGGUACCCUCUCCAUGCGGCGUACCAAAACACAGAAGCCAUUGAGCAGCUUGUUACCAGAGCACAAAUGUCUCUCAGUAGCCCCGAUACAGACGGCGAUACCGUUCUUCAUCUCGCUACUCAAUGGGCGCCACAGUCCGUUUCUCUGCUUCUAAAGCUCGGCUCAGAUCCUCUUUUGAAGAACAAGUCGUGUUCUACGCCUUUGCAUCUAGCUGCAAAACGUUGUGACGUGGACGUUUUCACCAUGAUUCUCGACAAAGCGAAAGAAAUGCACCCCGAAGAGAUGGCAUGUAUGGAGAACCUACGGGAUAACAUGGAUCAUACUGUGCUUCUAUCAGCAGUGAGUUCUGGGAUGACACCCACAAUACAGCUUUUGUUGAAUAGUGGGAGGUUCGAUUUAAAUGACAGGGACUCAUCCGGGGACUCUGCCUUGAACCUCGCGGCCAAGGCCGGUAAGCCGGAGGUGAUAGACACAUUGCUAGACAAGAAACCGGAUGCCUGGGACCCAACCUGUCUUCGGCGAGCCUUGCUGGCUCUGAAACCGUCAGACGGGGAUAGGUCACAGCACGUCGCGUGCAGGAUGGUCCAGCUGCUGUCGAACGUAACCGCUGCAGAGAAUAAGCCGGAAAAGUUCUGGGCCGACGAUCUGCUUCUCAAAGACGCCAUGAGCGAGAACAAUACCUUCCUCAUCCGCCUGUUUUUACACGAGAGGGGGGACGAUCUGGCAGGCUGGAAAGACAUUCAUGGCUGGACGCCUGUGGAAGUUUUGGAGGCGUUUGAUGAAGAUACUCAGGACAUGGCCGCAAGAUCAUCCACAGAUGGAGACGGCCAAGCGCUGCCAUCGGAAUGGGAUCUGCAAAACAGCAGUCCCAAUUGUGUUGUCAUCCAUGGGCCGAGCGAGCAGGCCGAGACGGCCGUGCAGGUGAAGUCGGAGGCGACUGGCGACCAGUUCAGUGUCAUGUUCGGGAACCACCCAGUACCGCACAAAACAACGUUUGCGUUUUCGGUAGAAGUUGUGCGACUCGGGAAAAGUUAUGUUGGCGUUGGUGUUGGCCACAGAGGCGGCCCGCUCAAUAUAAUGCCGGGCUGGACUGACGACACAUGGGGUAUGCAUAGCGACGAUGGCAACUUAUACAACAGCGGAAGAGUCUUCCGCAAAGAGCUAGGAGCCACUUACGGUACCGGUGACAUCAUCACGGUCUUUGUCGACACACUCGAAGGAACAAUGUCAUUCCUGAAGAAUGGCGAGCUCAUAGAUCCCAUCUUUACCAACAUCCAUGGCCGCGUCUAUCCCAUGGUUGCUAUUGGACCAGGCGCCGAGAUUAAGGCCGUCUUCACAGGCAUAUCUGGGAUAGAUGAUCCAUAUAACGAUGCCGAUGAAUGA